GCGGGUGAAGGAAAAGUCGAAGAGAUUAGGAUAAUAUCUACUUUUCCCCGGUAUAUAGUCCGGUUUUCUGUCGAUCGACCGGCAGGGCAGCGUACGAUAACCUCAUACGAAACAGAGACUUUCCGCUUAACCAUCGAUUCCCACCCAGAACCGUUACGAGAUAUCUGAGCAAAAAUCGUUUGCCAUGCCUAAAGCGACAACACCCUCGCGCAGCGCUGCGGCUGCCCGCAGACAUAACCCUCUGGCGGAGGACAUGACGUCUAUAGGUCAUAUCCGGACCCAACCCAGCAAGAAGAAUAAGCGCAAGUCGCAGACGGAUGAAGAUGGUGAGCGCUUUGUCGAUGCGAAACAGUCGCGCAAGAUCCUGCAGAUUGGACAGGAACUGGCCGACGAGGAUGCCAUUGAGCAAAAGGCCGCAAGGGGAGAGACGGGCGGGAAAGUUAACCACGCUUUCGAUUUCGAGUCGCGAUUGGAAGGUGACGAACCUGUGUCGGAUGACGAGGACAAGUUCGGAGAGGAUGAAUGGGGUGACGAGGACGAGGAAGUUGAGCAAGUGGAAGUCGACCCGAAUGAUCUUGAUGUGUUCAACAAAUUCAUUCCGGCUGGCGACGAGGACCCCAUAUUCAACCCCGGUUCCGGCGGCCAGACUACGAACCUAGCGGAUCUGAUCCUCGAGAAGAUUGCGGAGCACGAAGCAAAGGAAUCUGGCGACAGCGGUUUAAUUCAAGGUGGUGGAUUGCCGGAGGAUGCAGUCCAAAUCCCAGCUAAGGCAAUCGAAGUAUAUGAAAAGGUUGGCACGAUCCUGUCACGCUACAAGUCCGGCCCUCUUCCGAAACCCUUCAAGGUUCUCCCCUCGGUGCCCAACUGGGAGACCCUCCUCGAUAUCACGCGACCGGAGUCAUGGACGGCCAAUGCUGUCUAUGCAGCCACCAGACUUUUCAUUUCGUCCAAGGCGGUUGUUGCCCAAGAAUUCAUCUCGAUGGUGCUGCUUGACCGGGUCCGCGACGAGAUUCGCGAGACGAAAAAACUUAAUGUCCACACCUACAACGCACUGCGGAAGGCACUUUACAAGCCGGCAUGCUUUUUCAAGGGCUUGCUGUUCCCGCUUGUGUCUGGCGGGACGUGUACGCUGCGGGAGGCACACAUUGUGUCGUCUGUGAUUGCACGAGUGUCAAUUCCGGUUUUGCACUCUGCUGCGGCCCUUCUCCGAAUGUGUGACUUGGCCGCGGAGCAAUCGCUCAAGUCGCUGGAGAGCACGGGAGCGGUGAACAUGUUCAUCCGUGCCUUCUUGGAGAAGAAGUACGCACUUCCGUACAAGGUGAUUGACGCGCUAGUGUUCCAUUUCCUACGAUUCCGGGCCAGUGAUAAUGGCGAGGACGCGAUGAUGACCGACGGGCCAUCGGGAAGCGGGGCCAAGUACUACAAGCUGCCAGUGUUGUGGCACCAAUGCCUGUUAGUGUUUGCGCAGCGAUACCGCAACGAUAUUACAGAGGAUCAGCGGGAAGCGCUUCUGGAUCUUCUGUUGGUGCGGGGCCACAAGGACAUUGGACCGGAAGUGCGACGGGAGCUGUUGGCCGGCCGGGGUCGGGGCGUAGUGGUGCCCGAUCCGGAGAAGUUGAGUGCCUUGGAGGCGGGCGACGACACGAUGGAUAUGGAAUAGUUUCUCUCCAAAAAAAAAAAUUACGGGUCUAUGAUUAUUUUGUGAAUACAUGGCGUAUCUGUUUUAUUGCUGCAAAAUGUGUUUCUUAUUUAUGACUGUUUUACAUAGACAUAAGUAUAAAUAAGUACUGUUGGGCACAGAGUACCCGGAAGAUGGGAUGCCCACUGAUAGACCACUUCAGGACUAUGAGAUGAUUUGGUCGAAUGGCAACACUGGACGGGAUAUAGUGGUAGUCCACUCCAGCCGCUAUCCCUGACCGGUGGUUCCUUUCCAGACCGCCCGAAGAAGCCCCUGAUCUAUCACAGAACAAUGAAGUACGUAUGCUAUG